CACAUCGAUCGGUCGAAGCAGGUCGAAGAACGAAGAGAGUGCUGCCACUGUUGUGAGCGUGCUGCAAAUGGUUUCAAUGGCUCCAACUGGUCUUAUUCACCGGUUCGGUAAAUCGUCCGUUGUAGAACAAUUAAUCUAGCGGCAUUAUGAAGCUAGUAAGAUUUUUGAUGAAACUCAGUCACGAGACGGUGACAAUAGAACUAAAAAAUGGCACUCAGGUCACAGGCACAAUUACAGGCGUCGACGUUGCAAUGAACACACAUCUGAAAACAGUGAAGAUGACAAUAAAAAAUCGCGAACCCAUACAAUUAGAAACUCUCAGUUUACGAGGCAACAACAUCCGAUAUUACAUAUUGCCUGAUUCGCUUCCUUUAGAAACAUUAUUGAUAGACGAUACACCAAAGGCUAAGGCUAAGAAGAAGGAAGCUGCGAGAGGUGCUGCUCGAGGCAGAGGACGUGGCGCUAGGGGAGGAAGAGGUGGCAGGGGUGGUCGAGGUAGAGGAAGAGGCAGGCGAUAGUGAAAUUCAACAUAUUUUUGACAUACUCUCACACAUGCAAAUUUUUCUAUCUUUGUGGAAGUGGUCAUUCUGCUAAUUUUAUAAGAACGUAUCUAUAUGAAGCUGUUCUUUCGGUGUAGCUCUAAGAUUCAAUGUGUGUACAAAAAUAAUGUACAAAAACAUUUUUAACAGAUUUAAUUGUAGCAUACACUGACGAUACAGGCAUUCCGAUAUGUAUGUAAUUUUAUAUUCGAUAUUUCAUUUGAUAUGUUCAAACAAAUGCAGAAAGAUUAAAUUUGUAAAAUUGAUUUCAAACAUAAUCGCAUGUAUAAUUAGAUGUAUGAUUUUCAUUGCAAUACGAAUCAUUUAAUGUAAUAUAUUUUUUCAUGGAAUCUAUUAGUUUGAAUUUCACAGUAUUAAUUUUUCCCAAAAGAGUUACAAUUACAAAAAUAAAUUAUAAUUACAAAUAGAGCAAUAAGAGUGUCUCUGUAAUUUAAAUAUAAUAACUUCCUGAAUAAAAAAAUAUCGAUAAAAGC